AUCAGUCAACUUGAAAGAGGAACUGUAGUAACAAAAUUCUUUUCAAGGAAAAGACCAGAAAAAAAAACUCUUAUGAUAAGAAGAGAAACUAGACAAAUUGUAUGGUCAAGAAGUGCAACAUUCAGACCUUUUGAUGGUUCAGGCACACAUUUUGCAUGGUUAUGAAGAUAUAUCUACAGCAAAAAUGGGCAAAAUAUUAUCUGAGGAUACUAUUUAUAGGUCAAAAACCUGAAGGAAAGGUCCUUGUGAAUAAUGUAUAUGGGUGAGUUUAUAAUAAAGGUACAAUCUAAAUCAGUUAAUGACUUGCAUCUUAUAAGCUUUUAUGUACAUGUUUUAUAUCUCAUGUUAAAUUAAAUUAAUAUUUUUUUCUGGCCUCAUUAUUUUUAAUUUGAUAAUAUUCAAUUAUAUAAAUAUAUAUGCAUAUCUUGGUGGACAUUUCCUUCAUUUUUGGUCUACAAACAAAUGAGCCCAUGGAUACUGUUGAUAUAUUGGAUCAGCCCCAUUGGAUAGCAUGGUUGAAAUAAGAGAAAUCAAAGAAAUUAAAAUAGGAAAACAUUCUAAAGAUUUUGAAAAAUGGCCAGAAGAUGCAAAAAGAAUAGAAAAUCUUAGAUGUUUUGUUGUAUAUUAUGGUUCUGAAUUUCGUCUUAAAACUCUUUCAAUUUCUGCUCUUAGUGAAAAAGAAUGUGAACUUUGGGUAAAAGGAUUACGUCGCUUGGUUCAAGAUACUAUAAAAGCUCCUUAUCCUUUACAAGUGGAAAGAUGGCUAAGAAAAGAAUUUUAUGCAAUGGAAAAUUCAAGAGAAAUGGUUACUUUAAAAGAUAUAAAAGCAUUUUUACCCAGAGUUAAUUGUAAGAUAGCAACAAAUAAACUCAGAGAACUUUUUCAAGAAAUAGAUACAAGGAAUAGAAAUGAACUUGGUUUUGAUGAUUUUGUUAUACUUUAUCAUAAAUUUAUCUUUGAUCAAAAUAAUCUUACAGAUUGGAGUAAAUUACUUAAUUAUUCUAAAACGGGACAGAUUGUAACCGUUCAAGAAUUCCAAAAUUUUUUAAUAACCGAACAACAAGAUCCUUUAGGAAAUAAUGAAGUUGAAGUAUCAUGUUUUAUUAGAGAUUAUUUACAAGAUCCUCAAAGAGAUGUACAAGAACCACAUUUUACGUUUUCGGAAUUUAUUGAUUUUUUAUUUUCAAAACAAAAUUCUGUUUGGGAUUCAAAAUACUCGCGAAUUUAUCAAGAUAUGACUAAAUCUCUUGCACAUUAUUGGAUAGCAUCAUCACAUAAUACAUAUUUAAUGGGAGAUCAAAUUAGCAGUGAAAGUAGUUGCCAAGCUUAUGUUCGUGCAUUAAGAACUGGAUGUAGAUGUAUAGAACUUGACUGUUGGGAUGGGCCAGAUGGAAUGCCCUUUAUUUUUCAUGGACACACUCUAACUACAAAAAUUAAAUUUUUAGAUGUUAUAAAAACCAUUAAAGAACACGCUUUUGCUACUUCUGAUUAUCCUGUCAUUUUAUCUAUUGAGGACAAUUGUACUUUACCUCAACAACGUAAAAUGGCAAUUACAAUGCAAGAUAUAUUUGGUGAUAUGUUAUUAGUUCAACCUAUAGAUAAAAAUGAGACUUGUUUACCAUCACCAUAUGCAUUAAGAAGAAAAAUUAUAUUGAAACACAAAAAAUUACCUGAUGGCGUUGACGAAACAUCAUUUCUUAUUCGAAAUGAUGAAAGUAGACAAGAAAUGGAUCUUAGAAAUACAGUUAAAAAUGGCAUUCUAUAUCUUGAAGAUCCUGUUGAUAGAGAAUGGAAUCCACAUUUUUUUGUAUUAACACAACAAAAAUUAUUUUAUACAGAUACAUUUUCUAGAACCCAAGAAAAUGAACAUGAUGAUGAUGAAGAAGCUGUAAUUCGGCGACCAACUGAUGGAGUACCAAAUGAUGAAUUACAUUUUGGAGAAAAAUGGUUUCAUGGUAAAUUAGCAAGAGGAAGAGAAGAAGCAGAAGAAUUAUUACGACGUUAUUCACAUCUUAGCGAUGGAACAUUUUUAGUUCGACAAUGCGUUACAUUUGUAGGUGAUUAUUGUCUUUCUUUUUGGCGCAAAGGCAAAGUAAAUCAUUGUCGUAUUAAACUCAAACAAGAAAUGGGACAAACACAAUAUUAUCUUAUUGAUACAAAUUGUUUUGAUAGUUUGUAUAGUUUAAUUACAUAUUACCGCAGUCAUCCAUUAAGAAGUCAAGAAUUUUUAAUCACACUUCAAGAACCAGUUCCACAACCAAAUAAACAUGAAGAGAAAGAAUGGUGGCAUACAGAAUGUACUCGAACUUUAGCUGAAGAAAUGUUAAAACGAAUUCCUACAGAUGGUGCAUUUUUAGUAAGACCAAGUGAAAAAGAAAAUAAUUCUUAUGCUAUAUCUUUUAGAGCAGAAAAUAAAAUUAAGCAUUGCAGAAUUAAAUUAGAAGGACGUCUAUAUACUAUUGGUACUGUACAAUUUGAAAGUUUGGUUGAAUUAGUUAAUUAUUAUGAAAGACAUCCAUUAUAUAAAAAAAUCAAAUUAAGUCAUCCUGUAAAUGAAGAUAUUAUUAGAAAAAUAGAACUGGAUAUAGAUGAUGGAUCUGUUUAUGGUAUUCCUGGUUACAUGGAUCCUACUAGUUUUACUUCAAAAGUAACUGUAAAAGCUAUAUAUGAUUAUAAAGCAAGAAGAGAUGAUGAAUUAACAUUAGUAAAACAUGCUAUAAUAACAAAUGUACAUCGACAAAGUGGUGGUUGGUGGCGAGGAGAUUAUGGUGGUAAAAAGCAACAUUGGUUUCCUGCUAGUUAUGUAGAAGAAAUAAAACCGCAAGAUAAUCAAGGAGAUUCAGCAGAUUCUAUGAUGUUUGGUAGUCUACAGAAAGGUUCAUUAGAUAUUAUGGGUGCUGUUGUUGAAUUAAGAGUAGGAGGAAGACCUGAUUUAAAAUGGAUAUUAAGAAUACAAAAUCCUAGUAUGUGUUCAGUAUUUGAAGUAGCAACUUCUUCAGAAGAUACAGCAUUAGAAUGGAUGUCCAGUAUCAAAGAAACUGCUCAAAAUGCCAGUGUUAGAGAAAAUCAACAUAAAGAAAUGGAACGUGCAUGGAGAAUUGCUAAAGAAAUGUCUAAUCUAAUAGUUUACUGCAGAUCUGUUGCAUUCAAUUUAGAUAGAAUAAAAACAAAAGGUUUUACAUUUAAUGAAAUGAGUAGUUUUCCUGAAACUAAAGCUGAAAAACUUAUGUGUCAACAAGAAAACAAAUUUUUUAUAAAAUAUCAUCAGAUUCAAUUUAGUAGAGUAUAUCCUAAAGGACAACGAAUUGAUUCAUCAAAUUAUAAUCCUGUACCAAUGUGGAAUGCUGGUUGUCAGAUGGUAGCAUUGAAUUAUCAAACUGGUGAUAAAUCAAUGCAACUUAAUCAAGCCAAAUUUAAAGAAAAUGGCAAUUGUGGUUACAUUUUAAAACCUGAAUUUAUGUUUAGAGAUGAUUUUAAUCCAUAUGAUAAAAAUUGUUUAUAUGGAGUAGAAUCACUUAAGUUUUUUUUAAAAGUUAUUGGUGCAAGGCAUUUAAUUCGAUCAGGAAGAGGUAUAGCUAGUCCUUUCGUUGAAAUUGAAAUUAUAGGAGCGGAUUUUGAUUCUGGUACAAAAUUAACAACAAGAACAAUACCUGAUAAUGGAUUCAAUCCUAUGUGGAAUGAAUCUUGUGAAUUUGAAGUUUUUAAUCCAUAUUUCGCAUUCAUACGAUUUGUUGUGCAAGAUGAAGAUAUGUUUGGUGAUAGUAAUUUUAUUGGACAAGCCACUUAUCCUGUGCGAUGUCUACGAUCAGGAUAUAGAAGUGUCCCAUUACAAAAUAAUUAUAGUGAAGACCUUGAACUCGCAUCAUUAUUAAUACAUCUUCGAAUUAUAUCUUCAGUACAUUCUCAUAAUUUGUAAAAUAAUACAAAAUUACAAGUCUUGAAGUAUUUGAAGAUGCACAUUAAAAAUGAGAUAGAUUAUCAUUUAAUAUGAAUAUUAUUAAAAAAAAAAACUAAAAAUGAUAUAUUUUAAUCAAAAUUUAAAAUCAAUUAAAAUAUAUGCUAUAGAAGACUGCUUAUAAGGAUUUAAAUUUUAAAUGAAAUCAAUAUUACAAAUAAAUAUAUUUUUUUCUUCAUAACAUAAUUAUAUAGAUAAUUCAAAAAUAUCAUAAAUAUAAAUAUAAAUAUAAAUAGAUUAUAUAAACAGAUAAUAUAAAAAGAAAAAUAAUUGCCACAGUAUUGAAAAACUAGAUAUUAAACAAAAUUAAAUAUGAAAAACUAAAAAAUGCAAUAUUUUUAAAAACGUGACAUAUUAACAUACUAAUAUAUGAUUAUAAAGCAAGAAGGAAUGAUGAAUUAAUAUUAGUAAAACAUAUAAUAUAUUAUAAUAACAAACAUACAUCAACAAAGUGGUGGUAAAAUAUUUGUGAAAUAUGAAAAGAUUUUAAAGAAAUUUUUUUUGUUAAUAUAUAUUACUAUUUAAUUUAUGAUUCAUGUAUAAGAUAUACAUGAAUUAUGAAAAAAUUAAUGUGAUUUAGAAUAUCUGUAUUUUUUUUUUUUUUUUUUUUAAAUAAAAAGAUAACAUGUAACAACAAAUAUCAAGCACAUCUUUAAAUUGUUAUUAUAGAUAUAUCUUUUUUUUCAUUAAGUUUUUAUUAAAAAUAAAAAAAAGUAGAUAUAAAUAAUUUUAAACUAUAUUUUAGACUGAAAUAAUAUGCACAAUACGCUUUUAAUUUUUUUUAUUAGAGAGAUAUUUCAAUAUGAAUACUAUUUAUUUAUUAUUUCAAAGAUACAUAAUGAUAUAGAAAAAAUUAAAACAAUGAGAGGCUGAUUAUUAAAUGAAUACAAAUACUUGUAUUAUUUUUCAUAUCAAAUCAUAAAUUAUGGCUUAUAUAAAAUCAGAUAUAAAUUACAUAUUGUCAGGUAAUGUAUCCUAAAAUUACAUAGUUUUUUUCUAACAAAUAUUAUAUAAUAUAUAAAAAAUUAUUACUUUCCAUUUUUUGCUUUUUUUUAUAUAAACUAUAUAUAUAUAUAUGUUUUAAAAAAUUUUUUAUUGCGUUGUUCCUAUUAAUUACAAUAUAAAUUUUUAUAUUUAAAAUUAGUAUUAUUAACUACUUAUUCUUUCAAACAAAACAUUUCGAAAUUUUGUUUUUUCAAAUAAGACAUUUCGAAUAAUAAAUAUGAAAAUUUUUAAUAUAAUUUUGUAUGGUAUUUGUAUGAUUAAACACAUACUUAUAUUCUUUAUGAUUUUAUAUCAUGGAUCAUAGUAAAUAAUUUUAUUUUAAUUUUAAUGAGAUUUAAUAAUAUGUAUAUGAUUUUUUAUGUAAUUUGUCUUUUUUAUAAAUAUGUGUUAUAUUUAGAAAAAAUUUUAAGAUAAUAUGUUUUUAUUUUAUAAUUGAUGAUUCAAAUAUAUAUAUAUAGAGUGUCCCAAAAAUAUUGAAACAUGCGUAAAUAGAAAAUUCCUAAGAUAAUUUCAAGUAACAUUUUUUUUUCGUAAAACUUUUCGUUAUAUUCCGUUUAUUAACGAGUUAUUAACACAAAAGAUUAACAAUCAUAAAAUAUGUAAUUUAGUUGAACCGCGAACAGUAACGUUGACUCCAUGCCGUCGAUCAAAUACAAACAAAUACAAGCAAUAUAUACCGUAAAAAAUAUGUUGAAUAUGAAAUAUAAUAUAUAAAUAUGGAUAUUUUAUAGAUAAAAAAUUAUAUCAAAUUAUAUCAGGAAAAACUAUAAUAUUCAAUAUAUCUUCUUCGACAUAUGUUUGGACUCAUUCAUACUCGGUCGCCGGUACAUAGCCUGUUACAACUCGACUAAGUUAUACGCUCUGUGAUUAGUCAGUUUUUUGUUAAUAAUAAAAAUCAUAACAAAAAAAAUGUUGUUUGAAAUUAAAAAUCUCCAGUUUACGGAUAUUUCAACAUUUUUAGGAUACCUUGUAUAUAACAUAACAACAAUUGGUUAAAAUGACAUAUGUAGUAAUUAAGAUAAUAAAUUAUUUUAAUAUAUGCAUAUGAAAAAUACAUAUUGAUAUAUUAUGUAUAUUAGAUGUAAUUAAUGUUGCAUAUAAACUUUUAAAAAUAAAAAAUUAAAGUAUUAAAUA